UAUUACAGACAAUUAUUUAUUUGCCUUGGAACAAAUGUUGGAACCACCACACAGCCUCUAAGCCUUCCCUUAUAAACCAGUCUUUCUCCCCUCCCCACUUCUUAAUUUUGUGCUUUCUCUCUCAUUCUUCCUAGCUAGGUAGCUAAGUAGCAGUCUUGGUUUUUGUUUAUCGAUCAGUUUGAUAAAUAUGGGAGGAUGUGCAACGAAGCCUAAGGUGUCAAAGGAGAAGGAGGUAGCCGGCGUGGAGGCGCCAGUGCCGGCUCCGGAGACGGCCAAGGAAGAAGCAGUCGUAGUCGAGACGAAGGAGAAGGAAGUAGUAGUGACUGGUGAUGAAUCGGAGAAGAAGAUAGAAGGUAGUGAUAAUACAGUCAAGGAGAUCGUUGAUGAUGAUGAAGAUAAACGCAAGUCUCUCAGCAAUUUGUUCCAGAAUGAAGAAGGGAAGGACUUGAUAGAAAAAGAGAAGACAACAGAAGUAUCAGAAACUGUAAAGCCUCUAGAGGAAAUUACCCCUGAAAUUGCUGUUGUGGAUGCUCCAAAGGCGGCUGAGUCCACUGAGGUAGCAAUUGAAGCUGCACCAGCAGAGACAGAAGCCACAGAAACUCCGGUGGAAAAAAUUACCGAAGAAGUUGAAAAGAUCAUGGAAGAAGUCAAGGAAAUUGCUGAAGAGAAAGUUGCAAAAGAAAAUUCCGAAGAAAAAAAGAGACCGAAGCAGCGAAGGAAGAAAGUGUAGCUGAAGAAAAACCCAAGGAAGCAGUAUGAGAGGGAAAAGAUUAAUUCAUUCUCAUGGAGGAGCUGUGCUCCUUCAAUUCUGUUCACUAGCUACAUUAAUGUAAGGAAGGUUGCCCUAUCUUUUUUUGAGAGGACUUUGUUUCUGCUGUUUCAAUUCCUUAAAUUUAUUUGAUGUAUCUCUUGAUUUUAUCUUUUUUUUACUUGAGUUUCUUAUUAACUUCUCUGCUGCACUAUGUCUAUUUGUGGACAUAUGGGACAUUUUAGAUUGAAUAUACCGAGUAUAGAUUGUGUCCUAAAGCUUUAGAUG